AUGGACGAAUUCCUGUCCACUCCACAGCACCUCAGAGGCACACGAGGCGCGGACAAGAUGGCGCCUUCCUCCCCGAGCACCAGCAGUGUAGCAGGCUCCAUAAGCGACGCACCCAGCACUGAUGCACUGACCCAAAUGUCGAUCGACCUAGCGGCUAUAUCCGCCAACAUGCUCACACGAGGGGACAAAACUGCUCUGGUUUCAGAAUUGCGCUCCGUCAUCCGGGAAGAAAUUGCCGCGGUGCGCAGAGACCUAACGGCACUGGAACAGAGGGUGGAUGAUUUGGAGGAAUACCGCCUCCACGCCACACACCAUCAACAAGCUGCAGACUUGGCAACCGCACGGCAGGGGAACAUACUCCUCGAGAUGCGCAGACAGGUCGAAGACCUGGACAAUAGAGGCCGCCGCAACAACAUACGAGUGCGGGGCCUCCCCGAGGCCGACGACGAGUCCCCACGGAAACUGCUGAUGGGCCUCUUUGCGCAACUUCUUGGGGAUGAUGCCCCCCCUGAAAUACCCAUGCAAUGA